AUGCGAACUUACGACGACUCAUUCUCCGGCGUCAGAAUUUACCCUGGCAAGGGUAAAAUCUACGUCCGUGGCGACAGCAAGGUCUUCCGAUUCCAGAACGGCAAGUCCGAGUCUCUCUUCCUGCAAAGAAAGAACCCCCGCCGCAUCGCCUGGACUGUCCUUUACCGCCGCCAGCACCGCAAGGGUAUCUCUGAGGAGGUUGCCAAGAAGCGAACCCGCCGCACCGUCAAGGCCCAGCGUGGCAUCGUCGGUGCUUCCCUCGAUGUGAUCAAGGAGAAGCGCUCCCAGCGCCCCGAGGCCCGCAACGCCGCUCGCGCCGCCGCCAUCAAGGAGAGCAAGGAGAAGAAGGCCGCCAGCGCCGCCGCCAAGAAGGCUGAGAAGGCCAAGAGCGCCGCUGCCGCCAAGGGCUCGGCCGCACGAGGACAGGUCAGCAAGCAGGGUGCUAAGGGGGCUGCCCCCAAGAUCGCCAAGGCUACCCGCUAA